GUACAGCCGGCUGACUCGUCAGUAUUCACCUGUAUCGCGCGGAACUACUUGGGCAGUGAGGCCGUCUCGGCCCAGCUACGUGUGCUUGAGAUGGCGCCCAGCUUUGCAAAAUACCCGAUGCUACCCGUUGAGAGCGUUGUCGGUGGUAAUGCCGUGCUCACCUGCCAACCGGAAGGAGCUCCGCUGCCCAAAACGGCUUGGCAGUUCAACGGAGCGCCAAUUUCUACUUCUCCUAGCACAAUGAAUGUAAAUACUGGCACGUUUGAGUGUGCAGGUACCUACUGUACCUUGCCGAACGGAAAUCUUUUCAUCUACCAAGUGCAACAGUCUGCUGCAGGUAUUUACAGCUGCCUGGCCGAGAACACUUUCGGUCAGGUGACCACUUCGGCUCUGCUCACUGUGAUGCCGGCGCUAACUUGGUUGCUGCAACCGGAAAACCGUGUCGUCCAGCUCAAUCAGUCGGUCCAGCUGCCUUGUAGGGCACAGGGCGACCCACAUCUGGACAUCAACUAUGCCUGGAAGUUCGAGGUUGGCUAA